AUGUUUCAGUCCUUCGGCAUCGCUCUAUGGGGGUUCUUAGCCCUUUACCCCAUCCACGUCACUCUUGAAUUCUUCAAGAACCGUCGUCUUGCCCAGCAGAUAGGACUUCCAUAUAUGGUUUUUCCAUUCUCAGAGCAUAGUGUCUUUUACCUAGGCUUUGUCGAAACCAGGUGGUACCGCUAUCUCGUUGACCACUGUCUUCCUGCCUGGCUGGCCGAUCUUGUCCACAACAGUUCAUUCAAGUACCGCUGGAGAGUCAAGGAUCGCAUUACUAAACUAUAUGGUCCUGUCUACACGAUUGUGACUCCGUGGUCAGUGACAUGCCAUGUUUCUGAAGCCAAUGUCGUUACCCAAGUCUGUAUGGCUCGACGGAGUUUUCCCAAACCAGUGAAAAAUUACGAGGGGUUUGCGAUAUACGGUCCCAGUGUUUUGACGAGCGAAGGCAACCAAUGGGCUCGUUAUCGCCGGUAUACCUCGGCCACAUUCAAUGAGAAGAACAAUGCUCUCGUGUGGCAAGAAAGUAUUCGUCAAGGUAUACAGAUGACCAACUACUGGGAAGAAAAACAUGCCUCCGACUCCCCCCACACAUUAUUCUCGCUUCCCGACGUACGAGACGAUAUUGUGAAAUUCACCCUGAAUAUCAUCUGCAGUGCCGGGUUUGGGGUCACAUUGCCUUUUAAACCUGCAUACAAAGCCACUACAGGGGAUGCGGAAGGGCUAUUUCAGGAUGCUGUGAUGCCUCCUCAAGGGUAUUCUUUUACGUUUCCCUCCGUCAUGGAGUACAUUAGCACCUCCAUGUCCACCGUCUUCUUCGCGAAUGGUAUUUGGCCCAAAUGGAUCCCACGAAGGAUGGCACCAUUCUUCAAGACAGAUUUCAUGGCGUACGACGACCUGGGAAAAUACCUUCGUGCUCUUCUUGAUAAUGCCGAGGUCAGAGAGAACCCUUCUUCUCACAAUCUUUUGGAAGGACUCGUGAGGGCCCGCCGUGAGAAUUCCGAGUUAGGAAGCACGCACCGUGUUGAUGGUUUGUCAGACGAGGAGAUAUUUGGGAAUCUGUAUAUUUUCAUGAUUGCUGGACACGAAACGACGGCCACGACUCUUCGGUUUGCCCUCGUUCUCCUGGCAAUGCAUCAGGACGUUCAGGACCACUUGUACGAUGAGAUACAAGAGGUGACCAUGGGGGAGCCUGCAAACCCGACAGGCUGGGAUUACGAACGGACUUUCCCUAAACUUGUGGCCCCAUUAUGCAUCAUGCUCGAGACACUUCGACUCUAUCCCCCGGUUUCCAGCCUACCCAAAUGGACAGACACCUCUAGCGCAAGUAUCUCUUACAGGGACCAGGCAUACCAAAUUCCACCUGCAACAUAUCUAUGUCUAGAUGCAAAUGCCCUGCACUACGAUGAGAUGUACUGGGGACCGAAUGCGUCGGAAUUCGACCCUUCUCGGUGGGACAAACGCAAUAUCGAUAGUUUUCUGGCAAAGAACGAUGGCCUGGACGGUCUUUCCGGUCCCGGACUAGAGCACGACACGAUCCACCGGCCCGUACGUGGCGCAUUUCUACCGUUUAGUGACGGUCUUCGGGCAUGUGUGGGGAAGAAGUUUGCUCAGGUGGAAUUUGUGGCCGCUCUGGUGAUUAUUUUCCGCAAUUACCGUGUUACUUUGCAGAAACAUGCAGAUGAGAGUGAAAGCGAGAUGCGAUGCCGGGUGCAGCAAGCACUCGAGCAGAGCUCGAACGCUCAAACGUUGACGAUUGGGGAGAAUGUCCCUUUGCCCUUGACUGCCAGUAGUGACCGCUCUUUUACUCAACUUCCUCCUCUUCCGCCUCGAAUUCCGCUCCUUCUCGACCUCACAGCUCAUUCUCGUCAUUUACGCCCCGCUAUGCCUCACAAACAGAAAAAGAACAGCAAGCAUGCUCCUACCAACGCCUCUCCCCGGGCGGAGAAGAGGGACUCUCUUGUUUCGGAUGUGUCUACGUUAGGUUCGUCCGCUGCGCCGCGCACGAACUACCAGGAAAUCCACCAGAAUGAGGUCGAAGCUCUUCGAUCCAUUUAUGGCGAUGACUUUGAAGAGGUCCUGCACCGACGUUCCGCAUGGCAUCAAUCGUCCAAUCUUUCAUUCAAGCUGCACCUACGAGCUUCCUCCAAUCCAGAUGUGCGUCUCGAGCUGCUGGUUGAGCUACCCGCAACAUAUCCGAAGACCUAUCCGAACAUUACCUUGGAAAACAUAGAAGAUCUCCGGCAAGGGUCUCGAUCCCGCAUCCUCGAUAUCAUACGAAAUAAGCCAAAGGAGCUGUUGGGCUCGGAAAUGAUAUAUGAAAUUGCGGUCUCUAUCCAAGACGUCCUCGAAGAUAUAGCAGAAGCGCGCGCUCAGAACAAAGACCUUCCUAGUCUUGAGGAGGAACGAAUGGAACAAGAAGCUGCGGCGAACCAGCGAGCCGAACUUGAGCGACAAGAAGAACUCCGGAAGCAAGAAGCUGCUACCGCGGAGGAAGAACGUGCACUGCAACAACUGUUGCAGGACAAAAUCAGAGAGCGAACCAAGGCGCGGAUUUCUAGGCGCAAAAGUCGGACUCCCGGAAUGGAUUCAAACAGCGAUAGCGAUGUGGUGGACAACAUACCCGGCGCUAUCUCUUUCGAUCCGCCCUUGGUGAUGUCCGACACGGACGAGGGUCCUCUCACCUUCCGCGCUGUGUAUGGUAAAACCCAUAUACAGAGCCGUCCUGGGAAAGAGACAUUCACUGUGAGACCUGCCGUGUCUGAAACACGUCCAUGCGCUCCUUUACUUGUGCUCAAGGAGCUUGCGAUCGAAGCCAGGGGCGUUGAGCCUCUAGCUUUCCGAGAGAAAAUGCGCUCCAGUGAGGAUAAGUUGGACUCCUUAAAAAGGCUCCGGCAUCCUAACCUCGUGGAGUUUGUUGGCUUCAAAAUUUGUAGGCCUCUCGACAUGGAUAAUUCCGACGACCAUGCCUGGAAGAUUUAUCUCCUGUUUGAGCACGCAAAUAAAGGGUCACUGUCUGAGUUUCUGGAUAUUGUGGGCACUGCCCCUGUGGAUAUGCUCCGUAGCUGGACGAUCCAACUUCUCGAGGCCCUUGAGUUCUACCACCGGAGUGGUUUCGUCCAUGGAGACAUUCGCUGUGAACGGGUAAUGCUUUUUAGAACCUCAAAUGGUGGUACAGUCGUGAAGCUGCAGGCAAGCGUUGAGGAUGCUUUGCCAGAUACCACAGACAGCAAACGGUCCCUUACGACGUCUAAAUCGCCCUUUUGGCUUCCUCCGGAGUUGACACAAGAAAAUGCUACGCCCACUAUGAAGACUGAUGUUUGGGACUUGGGCAUAGUCUUCCUUCAGAUGGGCUUUGGUAUGGAAGUGCUGCAGCGAUACACAUCCGCCAAUGCGUUGAUGGAAACCCUGGGAUUGUCGCCUUCCUUGCAGGACUUGCUGUUUGAAUUCUUCAAGCCCGAUCCAAAGAAGAGGCCGACGGCCUUUCAGCUUCAACCCUCCGAGUUCUUCCGCGUCGACACACCUCUCAUCUCCCGCACAAGCAAUUCAAACUCCAUUUCUUUGCCGAGGCGUCCACGCCUUGACUCUCUCGGAGGCCUCCCAGCUUUCUCGCGGUACAACCAAGACUUCGAUGAAGCAGGUCGCUUGGGAAAAGGUGGUUUCGGUCAGGUAGUCAAGGCCAGGAACAAGCUCGAUGGUCGAUUCUAUGCAAUAAAGAAGAUAUCACAGAGAUCUGCCGCUGCCUUGAAGGAUACGCUUUCCGAGAUCAUGCUGUUGUCGCGGCUCAACCAUCCGUACGUCGUGCGCUACUAUACGGCGUGGCUUGAGGAGGAUUACGAUCAUGUAGACGAAGAAGCUGUGACAUCUACGGAUGGUGACUAUUUUACCAGCAGAAAUUCGGCUGCCUUCGAGUAUAGUACCGGAGGGCUAGAUUUCAUCAGCUCGAGCGGCUAUCCGAAGAUCGAGUUCGCAUCUGAUAGCGAAGAUGAACAUGACGGGUCGCUCUCGUACAGAUGCAAAGGAGAAACACCAGAAACGUAUGGGACGGAAAGCGGCACAGGGAAAGAGCUCAGCCGGGUGAGAUCUGGCUCACAAGGAAGACCGGUCCUCACUACUCUGUAUAUCCAAAUGGAGUACUGUGAGAAACAUACUCUCCGUGAUCUAAUAAAGAACGGUCUGUAUGACGAUGUUGACAGAUCAUGGCGGCUGUUCCGUCAAAUCCUCGAUGGCUUGAGCCACAUCCAUAGCCAUGGUAUUAUACAUCGUGACCUAAAGCCGGAUAAUAUCUUUAUUGACGUCGCGAACAACCCUCGCAUUGGAGAUUUUGGACUGGCUACCAGCGGCCAGUUCACCACGGCUGUGCGUUCGUCGGCUGCCGCAGACUUUGCUGGAGACUUCACUCGUAGCCUUGGGACCACAUAUUAUGUUGCUCCUGAGAUGAAGAGUGGUUUCACCGGAAACUAUAAUGAAAAGGUCGAUAUGUUCUCACUGGGUGUUAUCUUCUUUGAAAUGUGUCAUCCUCUGCCGACAGGCAUGGAACGUGACCAAACGCUUCGGGCCAUCAGGGAGAAGAAUCAUACUCUGCCAGCAACGUUCCAAUAUUCGGACAAAGCGGUCCAAGGCAGGAUAAUCGAGUCGUUGCUGAGCCAUAAUCCCAGCCAACGACCUUCUGCCGCCGAGUUACUCCAUAGUGGCCAGAUUCCCCUCCAAGUUGAAGAGGAGACUUUCCGUCGAGCAAUCAUGCAUUUGCUCUCUGAUCCUAAUUCACCGGAUUAUAAGAAGAUUUUGUCCGGUAUAUUCUCGCAGUCGCCGAGGAAGUUCGAAGACAUUGCGUGGGACAUGGACUCCCGCAGCUACCCGGCUGCGAACGAACUGCUUGUUCAAGGAUUAGUCAAAGAACGAUUGACUGCCAUCUUUCGCAAGCAUGGAGCGGUGGAGACCUCACGGCAAAUGCUGUUCCCCAGGUCCCAACACUACAACAACGGCGCAAUGCGACUCCUUGAUGCUUCUGGUAACCUGUUACAGCUGCCGUUUGACCUGACCCUUCCCAACGCUCGCUCAAUAUCCCGGCAAGAUCCUACUCUCGAGAAAUCUUUCGCAUUUGGCACAGUCUAUCGAGAGAUGCCUCAUGGUGGUGAGCCCAGGACUCAUAAAGAAGUUGACUUCGAUAUUGUGUCCCACAAUGCUCUGGAUCUAGCGCUGAAGGAAGCCGAAGUCAUCAAGGUCCUGGAUGAGAUAAUUGAAGAGUUCCCCCCUCUGCGGUCGGCUUCCAUGUGUUUCCUUGUGAAUCACUCCGAUCUCCUUCAACUUAUCAUGGAAUUCUGCCGUAUCACUCCAUCACAGAUUCCUUUGGUCAAGGAGAUUGUUAGCAAGCUCAAUGUUGGCAAAUGGACCAUGCAGAAAAUCAGGAGUGAGCUUCGUUCCCCGGCUAUUGGCGUUGCUUCCACUUCGUUGGAUGAUCUCGCCCGGUUCGACUUCAGAGAUUCUCCGAAACAAACGCAACGGCGCCUCAAGUCCAUUAUGGAAGGCACCAAAUUCGCAGAACGACUUGCGCCAAUCUUCGCUCGGAUCAACCUUCUAAUGACAUACCUGCAAAGCUUCGACGUGAAACGAAAGGUGUACGUCAAUCCACUUGGGAGUCUGAAUGACAAGUUCUUCAGAGGCAGCAUUCUUUUCCAGUGCGUCUUUGACACCAAGCGACGGGACGUGUUCGCGGCCGGCGGUCGGUACGACUCGCUUAUACAGGAAUUCCGUCCGAAGCUAUUGACAAGCCGGUCUCAAACGCAUGCUGUGGGCUUCAAUCUGAGUUGGGACAGACUCAGCUCAUCCAUGGUAGACUACGUCGGGGGACUGACCAAACAGUCUGUCAAGCAACCUGAAAACGACAGCGGGGUAUUCUGGAAGACGCGACGAGUAACAGUGUGA